AUGCGCCAACAUUACAUUACACGCCAUUUUAAAUGGAGUCACGUGAUACUUUCUGAUCCGAUUUCCUCCCCGUCGGGCUCAAUCAAAAGCCCGGCGAAUCUAACACCCAAAUUCAACCCCUCCAACGAUCACUACGCGGCUUGGGGGAAGGCCAUUUUGGCGGAAAACUACAAACGGAUCGGGCCGGAGCACAUGUUCCGCACGGCGAUCCUGGCCCAACACCAGAUCCAGGGCCUCGCGGACAAGUGGACGCCGGACGCGAAGGUCUACUGCUGCGGCUCGCUGGUGACCUACGGCCAGAUGGAGUGGGGGAGCGACCUCGACCUGGCCUGCGUGUUCGACGACCCUUACCCUUCCCACGACAUCCAGGCCAAGCGGACGGAUAAGCUGUGGACGGUGGUGAAGCGCUACGUCCCCCACUAUCUGCGGCCGCACCUGCUCGGCCUCACAGAGGCCCGCACGCCCGUCGUUAAGCUGCGCUUUGCCAACGACGAGAAGGUCAGCCGCGCGCGGUAUACGCCGCUGAGCGUGGAGGAGGACCGCCGCGCGCGGACGGCGCUGCUGGACGUGCGGAAUAAAAGCCUAGACGAGGGCGACGUCGAAUACAUCGCCGAUAAGCUGGGGCGGGAAAAUGUGGAGGGGAUAUGGGUGGAGCGAACGACCUACGGCUGCCGGGUCGCGAUCCAGUGCGCGACGAAGGAGCAGGUGAUGGAGGCGAUCGGGUUCUUCCCGGACGGCAGGAUCAUGACGCGGGGGAUGCGGGAGGAUUACACGCGCGACGUCCUCGACCCCCGCUUUGUCCCGGAGAUGUUCAUGUACAAAUGGGACAUCUCCUUUGUGAGCUACGGCGUCAAAAACAGCUACCUCAUCCGGCACUACCUCGACUCCGGGCCCGACCCCUCCCGCCACGCCGCGAUGGCGAUAAAGGCCUGGGGAAAGGCCACCGGCGUCGGUGUGGGGACGGCCGCCAUGCUCACCUCCUACGCGAUGACGAUCCUGUUUGUGUAUUACUUACUCGUGACGCGGCAGGUGCGGUGGGUGAACCCUUGGAUAAUUCCACACCCUGUACACCUCCCACGAUAUCCGGAUUACUCGCCGCUGGAUACCUGCGAUCCGGUCCGACUCGCGAUGCUAAUCCAUGGCUUCUUUAUCUUCUACGCCUACCACUUUGACUACACGAAUGAGGUGAUAAGUUUGAAUCGUGACCGGCGUAGUCAACGGUCCGAUAUGAACUGGAACUUUCCACUAAACAAGAAAGGUAGCUUUAACUAUUUUAUGGGCGUCGAGGAUCCAUAUGAGGAUGUGGGCGAGGGGGGCCUUAAUCUAGCUAGACACCUCCAUCAGGCAAAGUUUCAGUUAGUGAAGCAAGAAUUUCAGCAGGCUGCGCAUAGUUUAGGAAAGUUUUUACCAACGAACGCGCCUGAUAAGACAAUCAUUGGUAUUCCACGAUCUGAACAGCGAAGAGGCAACAUUUAG